AUGGGGCGGCGGGCGCUGCUGGCCGGCCGGGCCCCGCUCCACCUGCUGCUGCUGUGCCACGCCUGGGCGCUGCCGCCGCCGCCCCCGCGGGACACUCAGCCCGUGCUGCCCGCCCGCCUGCCCGCGCCCCCGGGGCAGCUGGCCCUGCGCCUGGCCGCCUUCGGCCGCGCCGUGGUCCUGCGCCUCCGCCCCGACACCACGUUCCUGGCCCCCCGCCUCCGCCUCCAGCGCCUGGGCGGCCGCCGCCCGCCAACGCCGCCGCGCCGCGGCUGCUUCUACGCGGGCGCCGUCGAGGGCAGCCCCGACGCGCCCGCCGUGCUCAGCAGCUGCGGCGGCGGAGGGCUGCGAGCCGCCUUCCUGCUGGACGGGGCGGCCUACGAGCUGCAGCCGCUGGGGCCGGCCGCGCCCGGGCCGCCCUGGGGCCGCCUGCACCGCCUGAGGCGCCGCGCGGCCCCGCCGGGAGCGCGCCCCGCCAGCCCCGGCCCCGAGCCCGGGCCGCGCCGCAGGGCCCCGCGCUUCGUGUCGCAGGCCCGCUAUGUGGAGACGCUGCUGGUGGCUGACGCGUCCAUGGUGCGCUUCUACGGCGAGGACGUGGAGAACCACAUCCUGACCCUGAUGUCCAUGGCAGCUCGCAUCUACAAGCAUCCCAGCCUGAGGAACUCCAUCAGCCUGGUGGUGGUGAAGGUGCUGGUGGUGGAGGAGGCAGCAGCAGGGCCCGAGGUGUCUGACAAUGGGGGGCUCACCCUGCGCAACUUCUGCAGCUGGCAGCAAAGGUUCAACCCCCCGAGCGACCGGCACCCCGAGCACUACGACACCGCCAUCCUCCUCACCAGACAGGAUUUCUGUGGCCACCAAAGCUGUGACACGCUGGGCGUGGCGGACAUCGGCACCAUGUGCGACCGCAACAAGAGCUGCUCCGUGAUCGAGGACGAGGGCCUGCAGGCAGCCUACACCCUGGCUCAUGAACUGGGCCAUGUGCUCAGCAUGCCCCACGACGACUCCAAGAACUGCGAGCGGCUCUUCGGGCCCCUGGACGGCGGCAGCUACUGCCAGGGCCAGAGAGCCAAGUACCAGUCCUGCCACACCCAGGAGUGCCCGCCCGAUGGGAAAAGCUUUCGGGAGCAGCAGUGUGAGAAGUACAACAGCUACAACUUCACUGACCUGGAAGGGAAUCACUUGGAGUGGGUUCCCAAGUACGCCGGAGUGUCCCCCCGAGACAGAUGCAAACUCUUCUGCCGAGCCCGAGGGAGGAGUGAAUUCAAAGUCUUUGAGGCCAAAGUGAUCGAUGGCACGCUGUGUGGCCCAGAGACCCUCUCCAUCUGUGUGCACGGGCAGUGCAUCAAGGCUGGCUGUGACCACGUCAUUGGCUCCUCCAAGAAGCUGGACAAGUGUGGGGUGUGUGGUGGCAAUGGCUCCACGUGCAGGAAAAUAUCCGGCUCGCUCAACAGAUCCAGGUACGGCUACAAUGACAUUGUCACCAUCCCCGCCGGAGCCACCAACAUCGACAUCAAACAGCGCAGCCACCGGGGGCUCCGGCACGACGGGAAUUACCUGGCCCUGAAGACCCUUGAGGGCAAGUACCUGCUCAAUGGAGACUUUGCCAUCUCAGCCAUGGAGCAGGACAUCCUCAUUAAGGGCACCAUCCUCAAGUACAGCGGCUCCAUGACCACUCUGGAGAGGCUGCAGAGCUUCCGACAGCUCCCCGAGCCCCUGACCGUGCAGCUGCUGACCAUUGCCAGCGAGCUCUUCCCACCCAAAGUCAAGUACACCUUCUUCAUCCCCAAGGACGUCCCUUUCAGCAAGCAGAAGGGCAAAGAGAAGAAGUCAGUCAAUGUCAUCCGGCCGAUGCUGACCUCCCAGUGGGUGCUGGGGGACUGGUCCGAGUGCUCCAAGACGUGUGGCUCCGGCUGGCAGCGGCGCACGGUGGACUGCCGGGACGUGGAGGGUCAGACCUCCUCUGCCUGCAACAGAUCCCUCAAGCCUGAGGACAUCAAGCCCUGUGGAGACGUNGCCCCUGGUGCCAUGUACCUCACUGAGUUCCUGGAUGGAGGCCAUGGUGACUGCCUGCUGGAUGCCCCGGCCGAGCCCGUGUCCCUGCCUGCCGAGCUGCCCGGCCAGAGAGCCCUGUACAGCCUGGACCAGCAAUGCCAGCAGAUCUUCGGCAAGGACUUCCAGCACUGCCCCAACACCACGGAGGAGGACAUUUGUGCCCAGCUGUGGUGCAGGACGGGCAGUGGGGAGCCCCUCUGCCACACCAAGAAUGGCAGCUUGCCGGAUCCAGAGGAGUAG